UUACUUGUAUUAAACUCUGAGAGUAUUUCUAAAUAAUAAUUCAAUACAUAAAUUGAAGAAAACAUUUCUACAUUUAUUUCUUUAACAUGUUUCUCUACUUAAAACAGAGUCAUCAUAGUCAAUUUGGAGGUCUUACCAUAAUUUUAAAGUGAGACAAUUAAUAAAAAGAAGCUAAUUUCUUUGUUUUAUCAAAUAUUUAAUAUCUAGUGGCAAAAAUUUCACAUUUUAAAGUAAAAAUAGUGAAAGUAUCGGAGUUUGAACCAGUUUCAACAUAUUGCAUAUAAUGUCUUUGUCAAUUGUGCUAUGAUUACGGGACCCUACCGAAAUGUUUCCAAAAUGGAAAAAUAAAAUGUAAAAAGAUAAGGUAUACUUACUAUGUAUAAACAAAGUGUAGCAAGCACCACCACCACCACGUGGCUGUGUAGUGUUAUUCUUACCAUAUUAUCAUCUGGCAAGCAAACAGAAGAAGUUUGGUGUGGUGGUUGGAAAAGAUGGAAGGGAUGAUGCAGCUACCAUACAACACAACGGUGAAGCUCAUGCUUGGUUCAUUGGAACGCAAUCUUCUCCCUGAUGCUGUCAUUAGGAGACUCACGCGCUUGCUUUUGGCCACUCGCCUUCGCUCUUCUUACAAGUCUUCUUCUGAACUUCAGCUCUCUGAUCUUCUCCAAUUUGCACAUUCUUUACAAGAGAUGCCUAUUGCUGUCAAUACUGAUAUUCCAAAAUCUCAACAUUAUGAAUUACCAACCUCUUUCUUUAAGCUUGUUCUUGGAAAGAAUCUCAAGUACAGUUCUUGUUAUUUCUCUUCUGCCUCAAAGACAUUGGAAGAUGCUGAAGAAGAAAUGUUGAAACUGUACUGUGAGAGAUCAAACCUGAAAAAUGGUCAUACUGUUCUUGAUGUCGGAUGCGGUUGGGGAUCACUGACUUUAUACAUUGCCAAGAAUUUCAGUAAUUCCAGGGUUACAGGAAUCUGCAAUUCCACCACUCAAAAAGCUUUUAUCGAGGAGAAAUGCCUGGAGCUGCAGCUGCAAAAUGUGGAUAUCAUUGUUGCAGACAUUAGCACAUUUGAAAUGGAAGCUUCUUAUGACAGAAUAUUUUCUAUAGAAAUGUUUGAGCAUAUGAAGAACUACAAAGAUCUUCUCAAGAAGAUAUCCAAAUGGAUGAAAGAGGAUGGUCUUUUAUUUGUUCAUUACUUCUGCCACAAAACAUUUGCCUACCACUUUGAGGACAAAAAUGAAGAUGAUUGGAUCACAAGAUACUUCUUCACUGGAGGAACUAUGCCUGCUGCAAAUCUACUUCUUUAUUUUCAAGAUGAUGUUACUGUCAUCAACCAUUGGCUGGUAAACGGGAAACACUACGCACAGACCAGGUUUGAAUAUGCUAAUUUGCUCAAUAAGUUAUAUUUCAUCCAUAGGUUAUUUGUUUACAAAGCAAGUUUGAACCUUAUCAUUGAAGCAAACAUGAAUUUAUGUUGCAGUGAAGAGUGGCUGAAAAGAAUGGAUAAGAACAUGAAAUCCAUCAAGCCAAUUAUGGAAUCAACAUAUGGCAAAGAUUCAGCUACUAAAUGGACUGUCUAUUGGAGAACAUUUUUCAUAGCUGUAGCAGAACUUUUUGGAUACAAUAAUGGCGAAGAAUGGAUGGUUGCACACUUUCUUUUCAAAAAGAAAUAAACAAAACCGAAACGUUAUUUUCUUGAUUUGCAGCAAACUGAGUAAGGAUUUAAAAGGAGGAAAAAGAAAUUGUUCAAUCGAAGCCGUCUUUAAUCAAUUAAUCGAUUGUCGUCUUUACUGAAUUGUAACCCCAACGAACAUCUAUUUCAUUGUCAACACACCACACACAGUCUUGUCAUGAAUUACAUGUCUAUUUCAAAUUGGCAUUCAGUUUGUAAACUCAGAAUUCAUCGUGUUCUGUUAUUUCCUUUUUAAA